AUGGAAUUUAAAUUACAAGAUUUGGCGAAAAUCGCCUUGGGUUCCGCGGAUCUUACAAAUGUGAAUAUAGCCGUCUUGCAAAGUCUCAUUGAAAUUCUGCUUAAGAAACUUAAUUGUCAAUCGGAGGCAGUUAUUUUGAGCUCCUUUGAAGGCAAUAAACUACAAAAUCUCUUAAAUCAAAGCAAGCUUUCUCCUUUGGCUAUUGACGAUGAAAAAAUCGAAGUGAUAAGCGAUAAACUACAACGUUUAUUAAAAUUGGAGCAAGUCGUCCAAACGAUGGACGAAAAGCUGUCAUGCCAUUUGGAAGAAUCCAGUCGACAAAGCAAUCAGAAUGAAACCACCCUACAGUUGGAUAAUUGGCAGAAUUUUAACCCCGAAGAUCUUUGUACAAUUUGCAAUCCCGACAAUGUGAUUGCCUGUAAGCUAUUGAAAAACACCGAUUUCCUUAAGAAGCUGUUGCGGCGCAUUUCAGCACCGAUGGUGGAUCGUGUUUUCCAAUUGGAAAAUAAAAUCGCUGCCUUAGAAAAGGAGUUCAAUGCAUUUAUCGCAAGAACCGAAGAACAUUAUUUGAAGAUUCAAUUACUGGAGAAAUGUCUGCAUGAAAUCGAAUUACUACGAAAAAAGAUAAACGAAAAUCAAACACAAUUUAUUUGUGUCAUGGAAGAGGUGCAGGAUAUGUUGGAUGCGAAGCUAGAUAAAAUACAUGUGCCGGCUCUUAAGAAAUAUAUCAAAGAUAAUUUUUUGAGAAUUUCCCGGGAGAUCAAUGACCUUCAGGCAAGGGAAGAAUGUCCACGUGCUGCAGGGAUAAUUAUGAGCGGUCUUCAGUGUAUGUCAUGUGGUAGUGCGAAUAUUUGUAGGGAUGUGGGUAGUCAAUCGGUGGCCAUGCUACCCGAUUCAAGUAAAAAAUUGGAUUCUGCUCUGCUGAAACAUUGUGCUACACCGAGCCCAAAUGACAAUAUAUCGAAGAGGAAGAAAAUUAAGGCAAUUUCAAAAAGUGUUGGUGUGGAAAAUAUUUCUUCGCGUUGGAAUGCAAAAGCAACCUGUGGAGUUGUUAAAGGUGAAAAAUUACAACUAUUAGAAGGGUUCGAUGGUAAUCUUUAUCGUAAGGGAUGA